UCGGUGCCAGUAUCGGCAUCGGCGCUAUCAUCUCGGUUAGUAGACGAACGAAGGCGGUCGAGUGCGUUGGGGUACGUCGCGAUCGUUGAGAGUUCAUUCCGUCCACUCUCUUUAACCUUCGUUCACGCUUAUCAAUAUCGGUCGAUUAGAUCGCAGUGCCGCGUUACGGCGUUAAGCAUUUGAAAAAGUAAACCUGAUCCAAUUCAGCAACGCGAGAGAAAGCUUUCGGAGUGGAUUCCAGUGCGAUAGCAUGAACGCAGGAUGAUCUGCCGAUAUUCAGGGUCAUUGUGGCCGCGUAUCGCUUGAAAAGAAAGGUGUGGUGGAGAAGAAGAAGAACGGAUCCGUGACUGAGAGGAGAGGUUCCUCGGAAAUACGGAAAGUAUAUCCUGAGGAAGCAAAAUGAUCGACCCGAGCUCAUCAGAGUCGGAAAGCGAGGAGGACCAGAGUUCUCAGCAUGUCGCGACUGUCGGUAGCAGCGGAAGUGGCGGAGGUAGCAGUGGUGCUCGUGUUGGGAGCAGUAGCUCGUACGGAUCCCGGCGACAGAUCGGGCCUGGAAGUAGCCUUGGCGGCUCGAGUGGUCCCAUAUCAGGUAGCAUGAGUUCGUUAGCUUCACCAGGAGGCUCGAUCUAUGGAUCCGUUGGGACACUUCGUGCUGGCGCGGCUACCGGUCAGGAUAGUUCAUUGGAAUCCUCUAGUUUCUCCACUGCGAGAAACUCGUUGUCGCCUUCUAUGUCUGCUGCCCAGGAUGCGGCAAGUUACGCUCAGAGACCCACUAGCCCUUCGCCUUCCGUUGCUAGCGAGAAAGCCGAAACGGAGCUCCAGGAUAAGCAAGAGCGGGAAGAAGAGGAGAGGAAGACUAGGAUACAGUUGUACGUGUUCGUGUCGAGAUGCAUUUCGUAUCCGUUUAACGCCAAACAACCGCUGGAUAUGAAGAAACGCCAACUAAAAGUGACCAAGCAGCAACUCGAAACAAUAUGUUCUCGUUUUCAGAGUUUUCUAAAGGGAGAAACGCAGAUAAUGGCGGAUGAAGCGUUUCGCAAUGCCAUACAGAAUUACUACGAUGUGUUUUUAACGUCGGAUCGACUGCUACACAUGGUGCAAAGCGGUGGUUGCUCUCAACUCGACUUCCGCGAGGUGUUCAAGGAGAACAUAAAAAUACGUGUUCUACGCUUCCCGGAAAUCGAUGGAUUGAGCAAAGAGACUGUACUUACGUCCUGGUUGGCCAAGUUCGAUUGUAUCAUGAAAGGUUCGGGAGACGAGGAGACCAAGAGGCCUUCCAGGAUGCAACAACAGUCUUUGCUCUCGGAGAUGAUUCUGCCGAAGGAGCAGCUGUACGACAUGUUUCAGCAAAUUCUUGGCAUCAAGAAGUUCGAACACCAGCUUCUGUUCAACGCCCUCCUGUUGGAUUCAGCCGACGAGCAGGCUGCCGCCAUCAGGAGGGAGCUGGACGGUCGCCUUCAAAGGGUCAACGAAAUGGAAAAGAACCGCAAGCUUAUGCCCAAGUUCCUUCUAAAAGAAAUGGAGUCGCUCUACAUCGAGGAACUUAAGUCGUCUAUCAACCUGUUGAUGGCUAAUUUAGAGUCAUUACCGGUCUCGAAAGGUUCGACAGACAGCAAAUACGGCCUGCAGAAGCUGAAGCGCUGCAAUCACCGUCGCGAGCGCUCCCGCUGCCGCGGUCAGGGUUCUCUCGUUAAAUUGGAGAGCGACUCCGCUGACUCGGAACCGCAGUUAACCAAAAUGGACGUAGGCCUGACCUUCCAGCUGGCUGUGGUAGUGGUAGAGGUCAGGGGCUUGAAGAGUUUGCCGCCGAACAAGAUAGUUUAUUGCACGAUGGAAGUCGAUCGUGGCAAAAAGCUGCAAACCGAUCACGCUGAAGCUUCGAAACCUAUGUGGGAUACACAGGGUGACUUUACCACUAUGCAACCGCUUCCACUGGUCAAGGUUCGACUCUACACUGAAAAUUCGGCGAUGCUCGCGCUCGAGGACAAGGAGUUGGGCAAAGUGCAUAUACGACCUACACCGUUUUCCUGCAAACAUCCAGAAUGGUAUCGAAUGUCCGUCCCAAAGAAUUGUCCCGACCAGGACCUCCUUAUCAAAGUUGGUUGUCGAAUGGACAAGCCUUUCAACAUGAAACACUGUGGUUAUCUUUAUGCAAUGGGCAAGUCUGUGUGGAAAAAGUGGAAGAAACGAUACCACGUGCUAGUUCAAGUUUCUCAGUACACGUUCGCGAUGUGCUCGUACAAAGAGAGGAGGAGCGAACCCUCGGAGAUGAUGCAGCUGGAUGGUUAUACGGUCGAUUAUAUCGAACCUGUUUCUGCCAAUCUUAUGGUUGGCAUGGAUCUAGAUGACGGGAGAUUUUAUUUUAACGCCGUUCGCGAAGGGGACAACAUAGUGUUCGCCACGGACGACGAGAACGAGUGCCAGACCUGGGUGAUGGUCAUGUACAGAGCGACCGGCCAAUCUCAUAAACCUACUCCACCAGUUUCCGUUGCAGACAAAAAUUCUACUAUCAGUAAGAUACAGGGCGACGCCGAUCGAGCGAAAAAGCACGGAAUGGAAGAUUACAUUAGCGCGGAUCCUUGCAAAUUCGAUCACCACAGUCUCUUCAAGUUUUUACAAAACUUGAUGCUGGAUUAUCGAUUGAACGAUCCAUACUGUUCCCUUGGUUGGUUUUCGCCCGGUCAAAUAUUCGUUCUGGAUGAAUAUUGCGCUAGAUACGGAGUACGAGGCUGUUUUCGACAUUUGUGCUACUUGCACGAUCUACUGGAUAGGAUCGAUCGCGGAUACAUGAUCGAUCCAACUCUGAUUCACUUUAGUUUCGCCUAUUGUGCCAGCCACGUCUACGGUAACCGCACGGAGAGAAUCGGCUCCAUCACUCACGAGGAGAAGGAGAAAUUUCAAGAGAUCAAGGACAGGCUCAGACAGAUUCUCGAGGAGCAAAUUACUAAUUUUAGAUAUACCUUUCCUUUUGGUCGACCGGAGGGUUCACUGAAAUCUACUUUGUCUCUUUUGGAACGAGUAAUAGUAAAGGAUGGCUCCAGUGUUGUCUCCCAAGAAGAAGUGAAGGCUUUGUUCAAGAGUUGCCUUGAAAAAGCUGCUCUUGUUAAUUACACGAAACUUUCUGCCGAAGCGAAGAUCGAAGAUGACUUCAGCGGUGAGGUUUGUGUUCCGCCUAGCAAGAAACUCGAGGACCUCAUUCAUCUUGCCGAAAUGUGCGUUGAUCUGCUUCAACAAAACGGGGAGCACUACUCGAAGGUUAUACCGCAGGCGUUCGCCUGGUUUAGUGAUCUCAUGGUGGAGCACGCCGAGAUCUUCUGGUCCCUGUUUGCCGAAGACAUGGACAAGGUGCUCGCCGAACAACCACGGGACACUUGGGACAGCUUUCCGCUCUUCAAAAUCCUGAACGACUACUUGAGAGAAGAUGAUAAUUUGAAGAAUGGCAGGUUCCAUCAACAUCUUCGCGAUACUUUCUCUCCAAUGGUGGUGCGUUAUGUGGAUUUAAUGGAAACAUCGAUCGCACAGUCGAUUUUCAAAGGUUUCGAAAAGGAACGUUGGGAGAUAAAAGGAAACGGAUGCGCUACGUCUGGCGAAUUGUUCUGGAAACUCGAUGCUCUGCAAUCUUUCAUCCGCGAUCUUCAUUGGCCAGAUCAAGACUUUCGACAGCAUCUAGAGCAGAGAUUAACGUUAAUGGCAUGCGACAUGAUCGAAACUUGUAUCCAACGAACAGAUGCUGCGUUUCAACAGUGGCUGAAAAAAGGCGUAACUUUUAUCUCCACCGAUUACAUCAUUCCAUCGGAAAUGUGCGCAAUGGUGAACGUUAUUCUCGAUGCGAAAAACCAAAGUUUUGAACUGUGCACUAUUGAUGGUGUCGACGUGCAUCAAUACCAUGCCAAAAUUGACGAUUUGAUAGAAAAAACAUCAGCCACCAUGACCCAAGGGAUGAUUAAUAAGCUAGUCACAGUUUUAGAGACUACUUUAUCCAAGUUAUCUCGUUACGAUGAGGGAUCUUUCAUAGGAUCUAUUCUCAGUUUAACGAAGGUAUCAGGAAGUGGAAAAGAAAUGGGACAGGCCUACGUAAGUUUUACGAGAAACUGUAUGGACCAAAUUCGAGGCAAAGUUUUGGAUGAAUUAUGGAUUUUAACGUUCUUUGAGCAAUGGUACACUGCGCAAAUACAAAUGCUGUGCACAUGGCUUUCGGAAAGGCUUGAUCACAGCUUACAUCUAUAUCAAUGUACCUGUUUGGCCCAUAUCGUAAAAAAAAUUUACUCGGAUUUUGAGCUACAAGGUGUUAUAGAAGAGAAACUCAACUCGACAACAUAUCAGACUAUAUUUAAGAGGAUGCAAACGGAAGAAGCGACUUGUGCCUUAACGAGCGUUCAGAACGAAGAAGGUCUUUCGGAGAAUGGUAAUGAAGACGAGGUAGAACGACCAAAAGCAAAAGUAACGGUCGUUGAAACGGUCAACAGCGAGGACGCGAAUUUAAUCAGCAAUGUUACUUCGAACGUUGUUGAGAAAGUUGGAAGCAUGUUUGGCAAGGGCAUUGGUGGCCUUUCGACGAAGUUUGGUGGACCUAGCUGGUUUUGAUUAUUUUUCGUAUUACCGUUAUUAUUGCUCAUCUUAAUUUCUCCUUCUUCUCGGUUUCUUCUAUUCAUAUUUUUCCUUCGUUUUACUUUCACUGUCACUAUAAUUCAGUAUUAUCGUUGAGUAGCAAUUUGUGAUAGUGACAAUUACUGUUAUUGCUACUAACAUUAGUUCAUGUUAUUAUUAUUACUGUCUCUAUUACGUUUUUUUAUAUAUAUUUAUUGUUACCAUAGUCAUCGUUGUCUUUAACAUGCAGACGGUAACUUUAUAUUUAACGAAUAGAUUGUUUUGUCUAUACAUAUGUACAUACAAAAUGAGAGUUUCGGCGACAGGAUUAUUCAUAGUACACUUUAGAAAUUUGUUCGGACAAAGCAUUCUUUGAAGGAGAUUGUCCGUUCGAUACAAUCGACCGAAAGAAUAACCCUUAUCGUUAUCGCACAGACGUGUGUGUUUAUGAAUUCUUAGUUUUCAUGGAUUCUAUAGGCUUUUCGACAAAACUUCGUUUCGUUGUUCGAUUACGUUCGGCCGUUCGUCCAAUGAGAGUGUCGCGUCUCUUUCUUUUUUUUUUUCGGAUUGUUGCCGAUUGAUACGCUCGCUCGAACGAUGACUGCAUAUUGCGAACGCGAUCAGUGUAACGUCGAAAGGUCUUCUCCUUUAUCUUUCUCUCUACCAUCUGUGCAUCGAUAAACGUUUCUUUUGUUCAAACUUUUAUAGAGAUCGCGUCUCUCAUUUAUACACAUGUAGUAAACGCGCCAAUCAACUGUGUAUUUCUCAGUUAUUUGGACGGUGUGUCUAUAUUUUAAAUGAUUCUAUACAGUUAUUGUUACUGUUGGACGAGUAUCUCAAAUAGGUGUUCGCAUCGCGGGAGUAAGCGGUCUGUAAAUUCAUCAUGUGUACGUUACAGCUAUUUGUUCCCACAUUUUUCGCAUUUUGUGCUAUUUCUGUCUCUGACAAUUCCUACUUUAUUCAUACUAAUAUCACUGUCACUGAAAUGUGUAACGAUAGCCAUAUUUAUAAUAUAUAUAUGUAUAAGUAUUGUUUUAAUGUUUAAAAACGAAGAUUCGUCAACGAAGGCUAUCUUAUUUUUGGUAUGGAUUCGCGUUGCUACGAUUCAGAACUGUUCAAUCAGUGUUUGAUACUGAUUUAUCACACGAUCGCUCGUUUCUUCUCAUAGCAAACAGGAAAUGACCGAUAAUUUUUUUUAAACGAUUGGUAUAGUAACAUCAUAUUGACCGCCGAGCCCUUCGAAUUUCUUGUCUACCUCAAAUUGUCCGUGUAAUAAGUACACCGUAAAUAACGCCACGGAAAAUUUCAGUCUACAUAAGAAAUAAGGAACACACCGAAUCGUCGAAAAUAACGAACGAACGAAACGAACGAAACAAACGAACGAACGAACGUACGAACAAACAAUGAUAAUAUGCCAAAAGUAUAAAAAGAUUUCGAUGUGUCUUCCGAUCGACGUGUACUUUGGCCAUCUCAGUGUACGUGAAACAAAUGCAUACACGUACGUUUAAUCGUUUUGUUCCCAUUCGAUGCACGAGGAAACAAACGCUUGUCAUUAAAUAGAGAAACGAUUGACGAACGAAGUGCAAAAGCUCUAUUUAAAAAUACUUUGUUCGAGGAGAAUGCGUGCUGCAUUCGAAAAGAGUUAUCGGUAGCCGUUUAUUUGUACAUAUAUAUUAGAGGGGGAAAAAAACGAUACAAGGGAAAGGAAAUUUUUAUAUCGUGUAAAUUAGCGCGUUGAAAUGUUGUUUACGCGUCCAAUUGUAUGACACGUGCGCCGAACCCGGGCCCGCGUUCGCUACUGCGCCUGCGCAUGCAUUUGUACCUGCGCGCGCAUUUACGCCUGCGCCCGUGCCCGCGUUCCCGCGCUUCAACACAACGCGUGUCGUUGAUUAGCGAGAAAGAAACUCUAUUGUUCGAUUCGAUUCUUGUAAAAAAAAAAAAAAAAAAACAAUUUCCUAGAUUAUUCUUUCGACAGAAUUUCUCGACGCGUGAACACACGCGUCAAGUUAUUUCUUAUCACAGAUGCCUUUCGUACUCUCGGUAUACACGCAUCUGUACGCAUAGAUUGUUACGCAUUUUGCGAUUAAUUGGUACGGAGCAGUUUGACAAGCUCUCGAGUUAUUACAUAUGUUAUUACAUACGUUAUAUUCUAGAUUAAAUAAUGAUGAAAUUCACUGGGAAAUUCGAUCCUCCUUGGAAAUGUGGUUUGCUUCCUUUCGUUGCGAUCGUUUGUCGCGGGUACACAACGAUCAACGUUCUCGAAGUAAACGCGCGAAAAACGAUUAAACGAUUCGAUGCCAUCGAACGAAUUGAGUUUACAGUUUAAUCAGAGAAGCAUCAUAUCAGGAUAUUUUCGAUGUCAGAAUGCGCAACGAGACGGGCAUUUAUCUCGGAAUUCGGGCACAUUGGAAGAACAAAACGUACAACCGAGAGUAGUGGACGUUAUCAAAACUGAAGUUAAAUCGUUGUAGUGUACUUACAGCCGAUGCUAACGGUACUACAAUUAUUAUGAUCAUUAUCAUUCUUACUAUCGACGAUUCUUCUAUAAUCUACGGCUAAUUAGACUAGAAUGAUCAAGAAAGAAUCUCUUUUUGCUCCGACGGCAAUAUUCUUACACCAGUCACGAUAUUUCUCUCUACGACCUCACGUUAUUUAUUUGUCUAUUUAUUUAUUUAUUUAUUCAUUCAUUUAUUUAUUUAUUUAUUUAUUUAUUUAUUUAUUUAUUUAUUUAUUUAUUAUCUUUCUUUAAUUUUAAUCUUAUUUUAUGCCUUUUUACAGCUGCACAUUCGUGCGCGCAAACACAUACACACAUAAAUACGCGUAUACACAAAUAUAUACACAAAUUGAUACAAAUACACAGGAAGAAACAAAUACUUUACAAUUAAUAAAAAAAACAUUCAAGUCCCAUAUUUUUUGGGCCUUCUCUUCGUUCUCUUAUCUUACUUAAUCUCGAUUGCGUUAUCACAAUUUUAAUUACAAACUAAACAGAAGGUCUUUUACUCUAGCUAGUGUUUUACUCGAUUAAACUUCUAUGCAAUUGUUGUUCUCUCAUUAAUAAAAAGUCCAACAAAGGAAAAAAAAGCUAUUACGGUCUAGAACGUAUACCCAAACUGAAUUUCCUUCUCGAGAUAUCGAUGCACGGAGAUGUUUCAUUGUCAUUCGUUCAUGUAUUACGUUUCAUCGUGUAUUCUUUUCGCCCGUUCUGUACGUAUACUCGAAACAAGAUUCUAAACACAAUCACGAUGCAAAUGUCUUUGCAUACAAUGCUCUUGUAUGAUUGUUAACAACGUAUGCAUUUUCUAUAAAGGCAAUCCUCAUGCACGCACGCAACACGCAUUUUCACAUAGCAUUGUCAUUGUACCAUGAGCGAAUACUUUUUGUAAAUAAACAAUAUGCUAAUGUUGGUA